AGGGCGGUUAAGAUGAUUUGGAUAUGCGUGUGUCAGUCACAUCAUGUUUUGGUAAUAAAAUGGCGGAUGUCCCCAGCGCCGACAGAAAAGUAAAACUCACUAAAAACGGGAAAGUUGUAAAAAGACGCUCACGUAAUCCAGAAGAAUGGCACAAACAAAAACAGAAGCGUUUAAGAAUAGCUGGUCUGGAAUACAUAAAUGCAAACGGAAAAGUGGUGCCACCGAAACAGCCUGGGCCCGACUGCAACUGUCGCCGUAGGUGUUUUCAGAAAGUGCCUGAAGAUAUUAGGCUCAAAACCUUUCAGGGUUUUUACUCCAUGAAAACACAUGAUGAACAAAAUGCAUACUUGUUUGGGCUCAUGAGGCAAGUGGAUGUCAAGAGAAAAAGAGUUAAGUCUAGCAGCCGGCGAACUUGCACAUUUGAAUAUUUUGUCAGAGUGAAGGGAAGAGAAACACAAGUAUGUCAAACUGCCUUUAAAAACAUUCAUGCUAUAACUGAAAGAAAAGUAAGGGUCCUCUGUAAAAAAAUGGAUGAUGGAGUCAUGUUUCCCAGUGACAAUCGAGGCAAAAACAGCCACCGUCGCUCAGGAGAAGUUCGAUUACCAACCGGUGUUGUUGAUCAAAUUAAAAAUCACAUUUAUUCAAUAGUGCACACACAUCGCCUGAAAGACUUCAUACGACUAGAUAAGGUGGCAGGAUUAGAAAUAAACAUUUCAAAGAUGUGGAAAGAUUACAUUAAAGCCUAUGAUCCUGACAACAUAGGAGCUACUAUGCCUAAGUCAAAAAGAAACAUGGAAGUGGCAAUCCCGGCUGAACCCGUGGUCCAGCCUCCCCCUCCUCCCCCAGAGCCUCAGUUUGCUCAGCUCACGUACCCUGGCAGUGGGCACCUUGUGAAUAUAGCUGAAAAUUACUUCCAAAACCAGUAUCAGACUGCUACAUUAUCUGGCACAUCUAAUAACUUCUAUCAAACACAGAAUGGGAGUCAAACUAUGGGAUUGAUAUUGCCAGCACGGCCUGCUCAGCCUACCACAGCUUAUAUUGUGUUGCAAACCAAACAGGAACCUCCUCAACCGAAUACGCUUGCAAUUGACAACAAUCCAUAUAAUCAAACAGAGCCAACAGAAAAUAAUAUCAUGCAGGAAGCAAAAGAUGUAAAGGAAAUAAAGAAAGAGAGAAAAAAAGGUCCCCUGGUGAAGCAGUGGAGAUAUACCAACAUCUUCCAUGAUGAAAUCAAUGGUGCAGCUCUUGCUGCCAUUAAGACCAGGCUCGCUAUGUACUAUGCUGAGAGUGAUGCGGCAAGAAAAAAGGUCAAGCAGCAGGUGCGACCUUCAGAGACAGUCCAGACACAAACGUCACCAGAGCAAAUAAGGCCAACUCACACACACACACUUACUAUUUAUACUUAAACAUUGCAGCUGGUCCAUGCCAUGGUGAAAUUACUUAAGUGACUGAUCUGAAUGUCUUGAUUGAAUUCUCAAAUUUAACAAUCAAUGCUAGUAUUA